AUGGCGCUCCAAGAGCUGUGGCCCUCGUUUCCACGGGACAAGAACGAGAACAGCGAGGAAGGGGACGUGAACGAGAGCAAGGCCGAAGCACCUAGAUCGACGAAGCCCAAAUCGGCGCCCAAUUCAUUCAACGAGGACCUGCCCAUGUUCUGCUCCAAAGGGGAGCUGAAUACCCAGAAGAGAGAAAACGAGAUUCGUUCCCUGCGGCGCUACACGCAGGAUCACCCUAAGCGAUUCACGGCUGAAUGCCCCAGUGCUGUGCCGCUGCUCUUGGGCGGGAAAGAGAGACACCUCAAGACGGUGGACCUUUCCUUCGUCGCUGGAGAGCUGAUCAUAUGGGAUAACCCAAACAUGGUCUGGAACGAGGUGGCAAGUGUAGCGAAGGGCCGUAUUGCCAAGUUUUCGAGGCGUGAACGCUAUGUGGCCCCAUGGAGAAACUGUUGUGAAGAGAUGAGAGGCCUGGAAAGAGACUGUCCGCAGGUCCCAGCCUGCGCUCCCAACGGCGCCGACGAAGCGCCACAGCCAGCCGGUCUGCUGCAUGAUCGCCCCCUCACCACGCUGAGCCUCGAGGACAUCGAUCCCCAGAAGUUCGCCAUGUUAAUGUACCCAAUUAAUCAAAACGACGCGAUAUACCGCUACCCUGCGGAGACCACAAAUCUCAUCUUCGCCGAACUCGUCGCCCUGCCGCAGCAUAACAUCUGGGUUCCACUCGACCAGUACUAUACGUCUAUGAAACGCAGCGAACAGUUUGUACCGCAUGAGAACAUUAUUACAAGCACCACUCUGACCGAUCGUUGGGUACUGUGCCCUCUUAUGAUUUUAAGCGCAGGGAGCGCCGAGUCCGAAUAUGCCGUGACCUCCCCUUUCCCAGCCGAGGCUUUCCGCCUCGUCAUGCGGGAGAGGAUGGACGGGAACCAGCACAGGAAACCGCUACGGGCCCGCGAGCCCGAUCCCGUCCUCCCCGGCGAGUACGCGCUGGUAAUUCUAGAGGAGCUGAACCUCGGACGCCUGAGGUACGGGAUGGUGACGCGCGACGAGACGGGGCGGCUCGAGGUGCACAGCCCUGCGGCGGUGGCCCGGGAGGCGGGCGACGAGAUUAGUUUCCUGAAGUCAUAUAUUUUCUCGCCUGGGCAGGAGGCGGCUCACGCGUGGGAGCGGGGCGUCGGGGCGCUGCCGCAGUGGAAAACGGGGGAGAAGCCGCCGACGGAAGAGUGCCACAUCGUGAUGCUUGACACGGCCGCCGUCGAGACAAUGUUGGACCCGUCUGCGGAGCUCGCUGCGCGGGAGAAGGAAAUCAGGGAUGAGAUCAAAGAUAGAAAGUCUACGGGAAGGGGGGUCGAGUCCGCGUUUUUCAGAUGCCCAGCAAACAGAGGAAAUAAUAGAAAAAGGAAGGGGAAUCUGUCUGCGGUGAUAAAAGUCGGCAGCGAGGCUUUUGAAGGAUAA